AUGAGCAAUUCCAAUAAUACUUGUACCGUGUGCAUCCAGCCUUGCACUCCGUCCUCGGUGGAGCCACUAACCUUCACCAUCAAUGAGCUUGCUGCCGCUCUGCAGCUCAUCAGGGACCAGGACGAGAUCUUCCAAGCGCACAACAAUACCACUGCAGAGCUGCCCUCUCCUCACACAAACGGUUGCACAGCUUGCAUUUUCCGUGCACACCGUCAGCAGUGCUAUGCCUGCUGUGCGAAAAUUCCCAAAGUAUCUGAACCCGAGCCACAGCUUGAUACCACUGCACGUACACCCACUACACAAAAUGACGGGUCAUCUAUUAGCACCGCCAUUGUGGUAGAUUGA